CACCUAAGAAGAAGAAGAGGAGGUCGCAGGUUCUGGAGGAAUGCCCUCUACCUGUCAACAUUGACACAUCUCAGAGAACAGAGGAACAGGAGAAAAAGAAGAGAAGGGUGAGCCAGGAGGAGGUCAGCCUUCCUCCUACUCCUACCAAGAAGAAGAAAAGGGAGACGGAGGAGGAGGUGGAAGACGUUGUCACAGAAACUAAUAUGACAGAAUAUAAAAAGAGGAGGAACCAGGAGGGCGGCCUUCCACCUGCUUCUACUGAGAAAAAAAAGAAAAAGAGAAAGGAGCGACAGGAGGAUGAAGCGGAGGAUAGCGUUGUAGAUACCAGUGUGACAGAAAAGAAGAAGAAGAAGAAGAGAAAGGAGCUACAGGAGGAUGAAGCGGAGGAUAGCGUUGUAGAUACCAGUGUGACAGAAAAGAAGAAGAAGAGAAAGGAGCUACAGGAGGAUGAAGCGGAGGAUAGCGUUGUAGAUACCAGUGUGACAGAAAAGAAGAACGAUGAGAUAAGUCUGAGUGAGCAGGAAGUUGUCAGUAUAUCAACACGGCACUGCAUGAUACAAACAGACUCCAGCACCAAGAUAGAGGAAGAAGAGAAAGAUGUAGGUGUGGUGGUGGGGAUGUCACUGGAAGGAGAGACUGUGGAAAAGAAGAGGAAGACAGAAAGAAAAAGAGAGAAGAGACGGAAAGGAGGAGCAGAGGGGGAUGAGUCAAACCGGCUGUUGGUGGAAGAGCUGGAGGAGUUUGUCCCAGAUGUCAAAAAGAAAUCACUUGAUCAGAUCAGGAAACUGCUGAAAUACGAUCUAGAGCGCUUCAGACACUUCAAACAACAAGGUGUGACUCUGCGUCACGGGCGGUGCACUCAGGAGGAGAAUCAACAAAUCAGAGAGAACAUUGCAAACUUCCUGGCUCUGACAGGCAUCACCUCGGCCGAUCAACUUAUGUUUCCUCAGAGGUACAAAGAGCAUGAGGUGCAGAUCAGGAGCCUGAAAGCAAAACAUCGCUUCCUGGAGAAGAUUGCUGAGGGGAUCCCUCGGACGUGUGAACAGGUUUACACCAGAGCCAAGAGGCUUUUUGACAGCAGGAACCACUUGGGAAGGUUCUCACCAGAGGAGGUCGAUGCUCUGAUGAAGUUUCACAACCUCCAUGGUAAUGACUGGAAAACAAUCGCUGAAAAAAUGGAUCGCAGCAUCUACGCCUUACAGAAACGCUUUGCCCACAUCGCUAAACGUCAUGGGCUGUGGAGCACAGAUGAAGAGUCCAGGUUGAAGCAAGCUCUGAAGGCUCACCUGGAGGUCCUGGUCCAGCAGAAUCCUUCAGAGAGUCUCAGCAGAGAGCAGCUGUACCUCAACCUCCCGUGGAAGGAGAUCAGCCAUCAGGUCGGGACCAGAUCCUGGAGCCAGUGUCGCCUCAAGUAUAUCAUCGACUUCCUGCAACACACGGUGGUUCCGGCCCUGAACGCCGAUCUGAUGAAGCUCAGCGGAGAGAAGAUGCAGCAGCAGGAGGUGCGGGCAGAGCAUGAGGAGCAACAGUACCUGCUCUCUGACCUCUUCAGCUUUCAGGAUGACUGUGGACAACAGUCAGCUGACCACCAGCCAAUCAUGGCACAGGUGAAAGUAGAAAGAUCAAAUGAAUGA